AUGUUCUCUGCAGGUGUGGUCAACGGGCGUGACCAGUACGGAUUCCAGAGUAUACACCCAUUGGUGCAGGCAUGCAAGAUAAAACGCUACGCGUCAACAGUGAGCACGUCGAACAUGCAGAGACACUUGGUGGAUGAGCACAAACUGCAGGAUGACAGCCAGGGUGCAUCUAGGGUGACAGUAAAAAAUUACUUCCAAGUGGUUCCUAGGCGUAACACGACAUCAUCGUCUAGGAAGAAUUUGCUCGCCAGGGACCUGGUUCUUUUGAUUGCUAGAGACCUGCUGCCUUUUAACUUGGUCAACGGUGAAGGAUUACAGGACUUCUUCAUAAAAUAUGGGGUGAUAAAGGAGCUCCAAGAGCUUCCUGACCGGACCACCUUGUCGAGGUCAGCGCUGGAUGACGUGUACCGGUCAAUGCAUGGGCAGGUGAAGAAGACGGUGGUUCAGGGGCCGAGGUUCUGUGCCGUCACGUACGACCUGUGGACCGACAGCUACAGGCGGCGAGCCUACAUCACAUUCACUUGUCACCUUGUUAACCAGAACUUCGAGCUUGUAUCGUUGACUCUGAGCACCAGGCAUAUGAAUGAAAGGCACACAGGCACUGCAAUAAUGAAUGAAUUUCAAAGGUGCAUAGAAGAGUUUGGUAUGGAAGAAAAAGAAGUGUACGCAGUUACUGACGCUGGUUCCAACAUGAGGCGCGCAGCGGCUCUCGCUCGCACAGAACACCACUUAUGUAUAGGGCAUGCCUUGCAUAAUUUGGUCAUCAAGGACGGAUUCGGAAGCGUCCCAGAACUUCACAGCUUGUUGAUCAACUGUCGUGAAAUUGUGAAGACUGUGCAUUAUCGAGCUUCGGAGCUUCAAGAGAUUGCGGACUCUGAACUGAAUGCCAUGGUACAAUUGUUGGUAAGCACUGCGGAAACGCUCGAACACGACGAAAACGAUCCAGUACUUGACGAAGGCUAUCAAAACAGCGAACACUCGUACAAUGCCGCUCCAGUGGCACGGGGAGGAGCAGUCACCAUGAAGCUUGACACGCCUACCAGGUGGCACAGCAUAUUGGCGAUGUUCGAGAGCCUCCAAGCCAAUAAGGCUGCGCUUAGAAGGUUGCUGGCUAGGCUAGGGCACCCAUUCGCGGGCAUUGAAGACUGGUGUCUGAUUGAAGAAGUUGUAAAAUUUCUGAGCCAAUUUAAGUGCGCAGUGGAGCUGUUUUCGCAGCAAAAAUCCAGCACGUUUAAUUUCCUCAUAGUCAUUAGAAGCGAGCUUCUCACUUCAUUGAAAGACACAUCAGGAAGUAGCGACGUGUAA